GUCCUCAAGUUUUCCCAGGUGAACGUGAUCGAUUGGUUGAGUCUGCGCAGGUAGUUAAGGAAGAACAGAGGCCACAACUGUUGGGAGUAAACAAAACCUUUCUCGUCGAAGGCUGGGACACGUACCUACCGCUCCUUCGGACAGCUUUCAUUUUGUUAGUGUUGAACUCUUCCCGUCAUUAUGUGCCACUUUUCAUCAUAGGUGCACCCAUCACCAUGUUGUUUCAUCUGUUUAUACUCCUUCAACUGCUGUCCUGUGGAGAGCUGGCCUGCACGAGGAGGCUACUCUCCAAACAUGAGCAAGACGAAGAAGUGUUUGUAGAUGAGGGGGGCGCAAAUUCGUUCCUGGGUCGCCAUUUGUUGUUCAACAGGUUUGACUUCGAAAUCUUCGUUCCUGGAAAUCUGGAGAGGGAGUGUUAUGAAGAAGUGUGCAAUUACGAGGAAGCGAGGGAGGUCUUUGAAAACACUCCGGCUACAGAUGCUUUCUGGAAGAAAUACACUGCAGAUAAGGACAAGCGCCCCACACGGGUUGAUGUGACGUCUCUUUUGGUGGGACUGAUCGCUGCUGGAGUUGCCGUUGUUAUUUUUGGCCUCCUGCUCUGGUAUUUCUGUCAAGGCAAAUGUAAGGAUGACUUCAGCCGUGCAAGCUCCAUUCGGGUCCGCCCGAGGAGGAGUAAUGCCUCUGUAAUAAUGCGACGGCUAGAAGAGGUGUCCUUACAGCCUGUAUCCCCACCCCAUAUGGAGGAAGUAGACCCCCCAGGACUGCCUUCCUAUGAGCAGGCAAUCGCCAAAAGUGGACAGCAUGACGCCCCACCUCCUCCCUAUCCUGGCUCACUACGUGGAAGUAUUCGCCGGUAGUAUGUCCAGGAAUCAGAAGCAGACAAUACAACUAACACUGACAUUUUGCUGCUCUGUUUAACAUUGUAUACCAUGUUCUUUCAAGAUUUAAAACAGUUCCUUUUGCCUUCUGUUAACUACUCUGAUUAGCAUUUCCUCUCUCCACUUUUUGGUCUUUUCUGGUCUGCUGGUGUAUCUUUUCCUUAGCAGUAUAAUCUUUUCUAUCCCCCCCCCAACCUCCUAGUACCAAGAUCUAGUUUCGUGGUAGCCUGUGCUAUUUUUUCAGUUGUGAUUAUGCUAUGGAAUAUAACCCCUACCCUGUGCUGAAUAAGCUUUAUAAUACAUUUUACCCAGUUUGCUGCUUUUUUAUCAAAAUGAAAAUGAAGAAUCAGUAAUGUGUUGGACAAGGGAGCUGUUGGAGGAAUAUUUAUUCUCUUAAGGAGCAGCUGUUUUCAAUAUAGUGUGUACAGGAGGGCUGAGUAGGAUUAUGUUUCAUUGCACAAUAAGUAUUAAUGGUAAUCACAGAGGGACAUGCUGAUUUGUAUUGGCAUACAGCUUUUUGUCUCUUUCAGUAGGAAUAUUAUACCAAGGAAACAACUUUUAAUGGCAUGAUGGUUAAUUUUGCCAUAAAUGAAAUUAAGGAUAACACAAGUCUUUUUGAUACACUGGUCUCAGAUUCUCUUUGAACUUUUAGCUAUGUAUCAACAACCUUUACUUUUUUAAUGAGCUGAUUUUCUUGCUGCUUUAUAAAGUUAUAGUGUGUCAGAAAAUGUAUUUUUGAGUCACCAAAUGAUGAGAAUGCUGUACUCAUAUGUGAAUUCAUUUUUAAUUUAAAUAUCUGCAUUGUAGUUAAUUAUUAAAUGAACUAUAAAUAGAUGGAGGGGGGAACUCUUCAACAGGAGUUAUACAACAUUUUAUAUUUACACGGAGGGAUGUUUUACAGUAAGACAAGAAAAUAAUAGCUCUGGUGAAUAUGAUGGUUGAAAAAUAUUUUACAGCUGUAGGAGAUGCAGCACGACAGUUUGUUCAAUGUGUGUAACAGUGCCACUCACUUAACUGUAGUUAGAAUGAAAAACCUUUACCAAAGUUUUAUAAUGGCAUGAGAAUUUACUGAGAGCUGUUUUGUUGAAGCUGAUCUGAAGCAUGAUUACUUGAAAUGAAAAUCUUGUACAGAUGUUUUAAAUAAAAUGGAUAUUUUAAUUAUUUUGAGUCUCA